GUCAUUCCAUUGUCACUGUCAAUUUUGGUGAUGGUGUUUGUUUGGUUGGUGAUUUCGUGAUUUCAUUUGCAAUUUUCGAUUUCCGUCUUACUUAUUUCCUGAAUCGUUAUAAUUAUAAAGAAAUAAAGAUAAUGAUGAUUCGUAACUCAAACACAGAUAUUACGUAGUUUAGUAUAACAUCGUAUAUUGUGAGGGAAACAUAUGGGGACACCUCCAAACUUGCCCUUAUUUUUGAUAGCAAUUAUUGUGAAAUAGGUUUACUGUAAAUAUAAAUCCAUAUACAUAUUUUGUUUAUCGUUACCGUGAGCUUUGUACAUCAUGUCUUCAAGGCACGAAGUGAUGAGGCAUCGCGAUCGGUCUGAAAAUAGAUCAAUAGAUCGGCACCGUGACCACAGGACCAGGAGUAAAGAUAGACGGUCAAAAUCUCACUCUCCAGCCAGAACUAAACAUAGAUCUUCCAGUCGUGACAAAAAGAAAAAAGACAAAAAGUCCAAGAAGAAAAGUAAAAAGAAGAAGAAAAGGGAGUCAUCUUCUAGCAGUAGUUCGAGUAGUGACACAGAUGAAGAGGAAUUGAAACUCCUGCAAAGGUUGGAAGCCGAAAGGCAGCGUCUGAAGGAAGAGAAACAAAAACAGAAAGAGUUGAUGAAAGCUAAUGAGACUCCAGAAGAGAAGAGGGCUCGUCGCCUUAAGGAAAAGCAAGAAAAAGAGCGCAAGAGACGUGAGAGAAUGGGUUGGGACAAUGAAUAUCAAUGUUAUACCAACCAGGAUAACCCAUUUGGGGACUCGGCACUGACCAAUACAUUUGUCUGGACUAAGAAACUUGCCAAGGAAGGGGUCAAGACAGUCUCCAGGGAUGAGCUGGAAGCUUUAAACAGGCAGAAACAGAUGGAGAACAAGAUUGAAUUGGAAAAAGUAAAGCAACGUCGCCUAGAGCGCGAGGCAGAGCGCGCGGCGCGCGAGGCGGAGGCGGCGGCGGCGGCGCGCGCGCGCGAGGCGGCGCAGUUCAGCAGCUGGGCGCGCCACGAGGACGCCUUCCACCUGCACCAGGCGCGCCUGCGCUCGCAGAUCCGCAUCCGCGACCAGAGAGCCAAGCCAAUCGACCUGCUGGCGUGGUACGUGAGCUCGGAGGAGUGCGUGGACGCACUGGAGAUGCACGAGCCCUACACUUACCUUAACGGGCUACAGGCGCAGGACCUCGAAGAUCUUCUCGAGGACAUCAAGGUGUACCAGGAGCUGGAGAGCGCGGACAACCAGGGCUACUGGGAGGACGUGCGCACCAUCGUGCUGGACGAGCUGGCCAAGCUGCGGCGCCUGGCCGCGCCCGACGCGCGCCGCGACGGCGUGCACCAGGCCGUGGCCGACGACGUCACGCAGAUCUUCAAGGGCAAGACGGGCGCGCAGCUGGAGGCGCUGCAGACGCAGAUCGAGCAGAAGAUCAGCGGCCGCCGCGACGGCGUCGACGUCGGCUACUGGGAGAGCCUGCUCAGCCAGCUCAAGGCGCACAUGUCUCGCGCGCGGCUGCGCGACCGGCACCAGAGCAACCUGCGCCGCAAGCUGCAGCUGCUCAAGCAGGAGCAGGGCGUGCAGCCGCCCGCCGCCGCCGACGCCGGGCCCGCCUCCGCCGCCGACGCCGCCCGCCAGCCGCAGCCGCAGUGAGUCCACAAUCAUACUGCAUGUCCCGCGACCGGCACCAGCAACCUGCGCCGCAAGCUGCAGCUGCUCAAGCAGGAGCAGGGCGUGCAGCCGCCCGCCGCCGCCGACGCCGGGCCCGCCUCCGCCGCCGACGCCGCCCGCCAGCCGCAGCCGCAAACGUCCGACACUCCCGACGCGGAGCCCAAGGAGGAGGAGAAGGCCGAGCCGUCAGCAUCAGCCGCGCCCGACGACGACGGCUCCGACUCGGAGGACGACAGCGCGGCGUGCGUGGCGCUGUACCGCAGCGGCCGCUACUCGCCCGCGCUGCUGUCGCCGGCGGCGCUCGAGCCCGCGACGAUUCUGACGGACGUGGCGGACGACGAGCAGCGCGUGAGCUUCCUGCGCCACGCGCUGCACGCGCACGCCGCCAGCGCGCAGGCUGCGCGCGCGCCGCCCCCACUCGCCGCUAUGGUGAACCUGGCGCAAAGCGACAACGACUGUGUGCAUGAGUGUAGUCGAACGUCCGACACCCCCGACGCGGAGCCGAAGGAGGAGGAGAAGGCCGAGCCGUCAGCAUCGGCCGCGCCCGACGACGACGGCUCCGACUCGGAGGACGACAGCGCGGCGUGCGUGGCGCUGUACCGCAGCGGCCGCUACUCGCCCGCGCUGCUGCCGCCGGCGGCGCUGGAGCCCGCGACGCUGCUGACGGACGUGGCGGACGACGAGCAGCGCGUGAGCUUCCUGCGCCACGCGCUGCACGCGCACGCUGCUAGUGCACAGGCUGCGCGCGCGCCGCCCCCACUCGCCGCUAUGACGAGCUCGCCGGCGGGCGAGGGCAGCAGCACGGCGGCGCUGGAGCGGCUGGCGGCGCGGGCGCUGGCGGCGGGCGGCGGCGCGGCGCCGGACCACGCGCCCUUCGCCGGCGAGCACGCGCUGCCCGACGCGCCCUGCCUGUGGGCCGACAAAUACCGCCCGCGCAAGCCGCGCUACUUCAACAGAGUGCACACGGGCUUCGAGUGGAACAAGUACAACCAGACGCACUACGACAUGGACAACCCGCCGCCCAAGAUCGUGCAGGGCUACAAGUUCAACAUCUUCUACCCCGACCUCAUCGACAAGAGCGCCACGCCAGAGUUCUCACUCAAAGCAUGCCCCGAGAACCCCGACUUCGCCGUGCUGCGCUUCCACGCCGGGCCGCCCUACGAGGACAUCGCGUUCAAGAUCGUCAACCGCGAGUGGGAGUACUCGUACAAGCGCGGCUUCCGCUGCCACUUCCACAACAACAUCUUCCAGCUGUGGUUCCACUUCAAGCGCUACCGCUACCGCCGGUAGACUGCCGAUCAAUAUAUUGUUCAAAUGUA